CACGGUGCGCACUGUGGUAGUCACAAGGCUGUAUCAGAUCUUCAGCUGUCUGCAGGCUGGAAACCAGUGAGAGGAUGUGUGUGGAACUGAAAGUAUGAAGAGGACACGAUAAGAGCUGAAGAAGAAGAAGAAAAGAAAAGCUAAACAGCAGGUGAAACAGACUUAGAGUCACUUUAAAGUCAGUUUAGGAGUUUAGAUUUUGACGCAUCUGCUCAGUUUGGGUUCAUUUGUGAACUCUCCAAAGUCAUGGUGAAAAAUCCAGAAAGAGUUCCACUGGUGACAGACAGGAGGAUCAGCUACACCUCUGUGGGAAGUGAGCAUAAUGAACAGGUGAUGGAGAGAAAUGGCUCUGUGUCUGUCAAACAUUGCCAUGACAACAGCCACGCACAGGAGGAUCGUGAAAAAGAGAAGAAAGUGGCCAGGAAGAGGCUGUACGUGGUGUCCGUCAUCUGCCUGAUUUUCAUGAUUGGUGAAAUCCUCGGUGGGUAUUUCGCGGGCAGCCUUGCGGUGAUGACAGACGCUGCCCACCUGCUGGUGGACUUCACCAGCUUCAUCAUCAGCCUCUUAUCCCUGUGGCUGUCCUCCAGACCUGCCACACACAGGCUCAGCUACGGUUGGCAUCGGGCAGAGAUCCUGGGUGCUCUGCUGUCAGUUUUCACCAUCUGGCUGGUAACAGGCGUGUUGGUUUACCUGGCGGUGGAGCGUCUCAUCAGCGACGACUACACCAUCGAGGGCACUCUCAUGCUCAUUACCUCUGGCUGUGCUGUGCUUGCCAAUAUUAUUAUGGCCCUCACGCUUCACCAGUCGGGCCACGGCCACAGCCACGGGGGUCUCAGCUCACACGGUCACGGCCACAGUCACAAGAAAAGAAAAGGAUUCUCUGAGACAGCCAACCACUCCCACUCCCACACCAGCGAUGAGGACGUGGAACAAAAAGGGGACGACCACGGACGGAGGGCUCAGCAGGCCAACGCCAGUGUGAGAGCAGCUUUUGUUCACGUGGUUGGAGAUCUUCUUCAGAGCCUCAGCGUCCUCGUCAGCGCCAUCAUCAUCUUCUUCAAGCCAGAAUACAAGAUGGCCGACCCCAUCUGCACCUUCCUCUUCUCCAUAUUAGUGUUGUGCACCACUUUCACCAUCAUGAGAGACAUCCUGAUUGUCCUGAUGGAAGGUACACCAGCAGGGGUGAAUUACGGUGAAGUGCGAGAUGGUCUUCUGAGAGUGAAGGGGGUCAUGGCGGUCCACAACCUUCACAUCUGGGCGCUCACCAUGAACCAGGCUGUGAUGACUGCACAUGUAGCCAUAGAUGAAUCAGUUGAUGCUCAAACCGUCCUCAGGGAAAUGACACAGGCGUGUUACUCCUCCUACAACUUCCACUCUGUGACCAUUCAGAUGGAGAGGCAGGCCGACCUAAAGCCUGGAUGUACCCUCUGUGAGGACCCCCAGAUGUAGAAGCCUUCCUGUUUACCUGCUUGAGUUCUUCUAGUGAACCCAGUGGAAUAAGACCGGACUGUUUUCCCUUCAGUAACCUGUGAGAAGAACUGUUUUUAGAUGCUUUGCACUACUUAUUGUUCUCUUGUUGAUGCCUUUAUGUAUGUUUUAUUGUUACAUUAGUGCCAAAGUCGUGCGCCUUAAGUGCCUUGAUGUUAUUAUUCGCAAAGAAUUUUUAUCGGAAGUGUGCUUGAAUGAAACCCAGACAAGCUGAGGAUUGCAAUUUUCAAAGAGAGAUCUGGAGAAAAACAGUUAUGGAUUAAAAAAAAAAAAACAAAAAAAAAAAACUAAUGUAAACUCAUCUAAAAUGGUUUUCAAAAAUUUGCUUUGCUUUUUAGGUGUAUUCAUGAUGUAGAAAUCUGUGCAAUGUUAGUAGCUGUAAAAAUCUUCUGUUUAUGCUAUAUGUUAUAUGAUUAUUGAAUAGUUUACUUGAUCAUUUAAUUUAUAUCGAGAGUGCUGAAAUACCCCUCACAUGAGCAUUAACUUGCAUUAUCAGCCUCACACACACUAGAUAAUCAGUCUGGUGUAUGUAAAUAAAGACCAGUGUCAUUUCUGAACUACAGUACUGUAUGAGGACAGCUUUAGGAGUGUUU